AUGAGCAUCAAAGUAGAUAAAGACGCUUUUUAUAGGCGCAUGAAGAAACUUUAUUCUGCGUGGGCCAAAUCGAGUGGGGAUGAAGGGCUGGGUAAAAUGGAUGCCCUCAUUACAGCUGUUGGCGUGGAUGAAGAAGUCAUCUAUUCAAAGUCGACUGCUUUGCAGACCUGGCUUUUUGGAUACGAGCUGACAGACACAGUGAUGAUCCUGUGUGAACAAGUGAUUUGUCUGAUGGCCAGCAAGAAGAAGAUUGAGUUCCUGAAGCAGCUGGACAGCUCUAAAGAAAAUGACCAGGGGAUCCCUGCCCUGAAGUUGAUCACAAGAGAAAAGGGUGACAAAGACAAGGAUAAAGCCAACUUCCAGAAACUGAUUGAGUACAUCAAGAAAAGCAAAAAGGGCAAAACAGUUGGAGAGUUCAGCAAGGACAAAUACCCAGGCGAGCUCAUAGAAGGCUGGAAUAAGGCAGUCAAGGAGGCUGGCUUUGAGCGGGUGGAUGUCUCCUCUCAGUUUGCUUACAUCAUGGCCCCGAAGGAAGAACUGGAAGUCAAGACCAUACAGAAGGCCAGCCAGGUCACCUGUGAUGUGUUCAAUAAGUACCUCAAGGAGCAGAUCAUGGAGAUCAUUGAUGCUGACAAGAAAGUGAAACACUCAAAACUGUCAGACGGAGUGGAGCAAGCUCUACAGAACAAGAAAUAUGUCACUGGAGUGGACUCCAGCCAGCUGGAUGUUUGUUAUCCAGCAAUUAUCCAGAGUGGUGGCAAGUACAGCCUCAAGUUCAGCACCACCAGUGACGAGAACAACCUCCAGUUUGACACAAUCGUGUGUGCUAUGGGGGUUCGCUACAAGUCCUACUGCUCCAACAUUGUCCGUACACUGAUGGUCAACCCGGCCGAGUCCGUUCAGAAGUUGUAUGAAUUUCUGGUCCAGGUCGAGGAAGAGGUUAUUGCCAAGCUGCAGCAUGGUGUCAAACUGAGCGAAGUAUUUGAUGCAGGCCUGGCCACUGUCAAGAAAGAGCACCCAGAACUUGAAAACAAUCUCAUCAAAAGUUUUGGAUUUGCCAUGGGGAUUGAGUUCAGAGAAGCUUCCCUCCUCAUUGCUCCAAAGACGAGAGCUCCGGCAAAGAAAGGCAUGGUAUUCAAUGUCAGCAUUGGCUUCGCAGACAUCAAGGGAGGUGACAAAACUGUGGCUUUGUUUCUUGGAGACACUGUCCUUGUCAAUGAGGGUGCACCAGCUACAGUUCUCACAACCACAAAGAAGAGGUUAAAACACGUUGGUAUUUUUCUGAAAGAUGAUGACGAGGAGGAGGAAGAAGAAGAGGAGGAGAACGAAUUAGAGAAAGAGGCAGAACAGCUGCUUGGAAGAGGGAGAAGAACUGGCAUGGUGGAGGGCAGAACAAGGACUGAAGCACCCUCAGAGGAGAAGAGGCAGCAGCACCAGAAGGAACUGGCAGUUCGACUCAAUGAGGAGGCCAGGGAAAGACUCAGAGGGACCAAGACUGGGGGAGAAGAUAAAAAGUCCAAGAAAUCAAAUGUGUCAUACAAGAAUGUCAGCCAUUUCCCUGAUGAAUCAGAGUGCAAGGAUUUGAAAUUGUUUGUUGAUAAAAAGUAUGAGACACUUGUUCUUCCCAUUUUUGGAACACCAACACCAUUUCACAUUUCUACAAUCAAGAAUAUCAGCCAGUCUGUAGAAGGAGAGUACACGUACCUGAGAAUCAACUUCUUCCAUCCUGGCUCUGCGCUGGGCAGAAACGAAGGCAGCUUCCCAAACCCAGACAUGACCUUCUUGAAGGAAAUAACUUACCGCAGCUCCAACACUAAAGAACCAGGCGAGCUAUCAGCACCAUCUUCCAAUUUAAACACCGCCUUCCGACUCAUCAAAGAAGUUCAGAAGAAGUUCAAAACCAGGGAAGCUGAAGAGAGAGAGAAAGAG